UCAGUCAUAUGAAUGUGCACUGCACAUUUAACACGCAGUAAUAGGUAAUUGAUAAGAUCAGCAUUUCUUCACUUGUAGCUCGCGCUGAUAGUUUGUAAUUAGCUCUUUCAGCUAUCUGCUGCAUACUGACAUCGGCCAUCUUGGGAAAGGGCGAAAGUGUGCAUGACUUGAGGGGUGCGUGUAGUCAGCAACGGUGUGUGAAGUGUCGGUGCCACAAAAGCCGUGCAAAUGGCAUUUUUUGGGCUCGGGCAAAGUGCGGACAUCGACAUAAUUCUCAAUGGCACGGAAAACCGCAAAAUGGCCGAGAUCAAGACGGAAGACGGGAAGAAGGAGAAACACCUUCUCUACUACGACGGGGAGUCGGUUUCGGGAAAAGUGAACAUAACCCUCAAGAAGCCGGGCUCCAAGCUUGAACACCAGGGCAUCAAGAUCGAGUUCAUCGGACAGAUAGAACUUUACUAUGAUCGCGGCAAUCACCACGAGUUUGCAUCCCUGGUCAAGGAACUGGCACGACCUGGAGAGCUGGUCCAGAAUGCCAGUUACAGCUUCGAAUUUGUCAAUGUGGAGAAGCCGUACGAGUCAUACACUGGCUCCAACGUCCGGUUAAGAUACUUCCUGCGAGUCACCAUUGUGCGUCGCCUGACUGACCUGGUCAAGGAACUCGACAUAGUAGUCCACACACUCUCAUCCUACCCUGAGAUUAACUCAUCAAUCAAAAUGGAAGUGGGCAUUGAGGAUUGCCUGCACAUUGAAUUCGAGUACAACAAGUCCAAAUACCACCUCAAGGACGUCAUAGUUGGAAAAAUCUACUUCCUCUUGGUCCGUAUCAAAAUAAAGCACAUGGAAAUUGCCAUCAUCAAGCGUGAAACGACAGGUUCAGGACCAAACAUCUUCAAUGAGAAUGAGACCAUCGCCAAGUAUGAAAUCAUGGACGGUGCACCUGUCCGAGGGGAGUCCAUACCAAUUCGGUUGUUCCUGGCUGGUUAUGACCUGACACCGACCAUGAAGGACAUCAACAAGAAGUUCUCGGUCCGUUACUAUCUCAACCUGGUUCUGGUCGAUGAGGAAGAACGCCGCUACUUCAAACAACAGGAAAUUGUGCUGUGGAGGAAAGGGGAGAAGACGCGCAAGGUGAUCCAGCAGCAGGUGUCGAACACACAGCCAGACCAAGCCGCAGGUGACAGCACCAAGUAGUCUUCAGACAGCGUGCCUCCGAGUGUACAGUUCCGGUGGUCAUCCCCCCUGCUCCUCGCCGUCCCGAAGGCGGUGGCAGCGCAUCAGGCACCACCAAAUGACGGGAAGAGCUUCGAGCAUGUCUGGCGGCUCCCGACUCGCGUACUCCUGCAUAUAGCCUCCUGCGCGGUCUCUCUCGCCAGACUGUUGAUCGCAAAGACAUGUCCUCUUUUGUACAGAGUGACAGUUGUAAAUACGCGACAUUCCAGUUAUAUAUUUUUUCCCCCCCUCGUGUGUGCAUGUGAGUGUGGCGCAUCGCUGCGAAACAAAUUUUGCAGUGCAGUUGAAAAAGUGCGGGGUGACUUUAUGGCUCUUGCAUUGCUGCUUGCGGUGGAAGUUCACGAGGCACCAUCGUCGGCAAUGCAAAAGCUUCCCCCUCUGGUCCUGUUUUUUUUUUUGUUUCUUACUUCGCCUUUGUUUCGGCUCAUUCUCUCUGGCAGAUUAUUGUGUGCGCUUGUUCUGUACAGAUGUGUAUAUAAGUAGACGAUGAUGCAGACAUUUACUGGGGAAGAUAUGGUUUGUGUAUUACAAAUAAAAACGUCUAGUGGUUUA